GCGCCAUGGCGGCAGCUGUGGCGGCGGCGUCCGGUCCCCGUGUCGCGGCGAGGUGAGGGGCCGCCUCUUCUCCGCGGCUGAGGAGAACACAGCUGCCCGCCUGCCUUCCACGCGGGCCACGGCUCCGGCAUGGCCGGGCUCAUUAAGAAGCAGAUCCUGAAGCACCUGUCCCGGUUCACUAAGAAUCUUUCCCCGGACAAAAUCAAUUUGAGCACCCUGAAAGGGGAGGGUCAGCUGACCAACCUGGAGCUGGAUGAAGAGGUUCUACAGAAUGUGCUGGAGCUUCCCACCUGGUUAGCCAUCACUCGGGUCUACUGCAACAGGGCCUCAAUCCGGAUCCAGUGGACAAAGUUGAAGACACACCCAAUUUGCUUGUGUCUGGAUAAGGUAGAGGUGGAGAUGAAGACAUGUGAGGAGCCUCGGCCCCCAAAUGGACAGUCUCCUAUUGCCCUCGCUUCAGGACAGAGUGAGUAUGGCUUUGCCGAGAAGGUGGUGGAGGGGAUGUUCAUCAUCGUCAGUUCCAUCACCAUCAAGAUUCACUCCAAGGCCUUCCACGCCUCUUUUGAAUUGUGGCAGCUCCAGGGCUAUAGUGUGAACCCCAACUGGCAGCAGAGUGACCUCCGCCUCACCCGUAUCACUGACCCCCGCCGAGGAGAGGUUUUAACAUUUAAGGAAAUAACUUGGCAAACACUUCGAAUUGAGGCAGAUGCUACAGACAAUGGUGAUCAGGACCCAGUCACCACUCCACUGAGGCUUAUUACCAACCAAGGCAGGAUCCAAAUAGCCCUCAAGAGAAGAACCAAAGAUUGCAAUGUGAUAGCCUCCAAGCUGAUGUUCCUGUUGGAUGACCUGCUCUGGGUGCUAACUGACUCACAGCUCAAGGCUAUGAUGAAAUAUGCAGAAUCACUGAGUGAGGCCAUGGAGAAGUCAGCCCAGCAGAGAAAGAGCCUGGCCCCUGAACCUGUACAGAUCACCCCACCUGCUCCCAGCGCCCAGCAGUCCUGGGCCCAGGCGUUCGGUGGCAGCCAGGGCAGCAGCAACAGCAGCAGCAGCCGCCUCAGCCAGUACUUUGAGAAAUUUGAUGUGAAAGAGUCCUCCUACCAUCUGCUCAUCUCCCGCCUGGACCUGCACAUUUGUGAUGAUAGCCAGUCCCGAGAGCCAGGUGUCUCCGCAAACAGACUCAUGGGUGGUGCAAUGCAGCUUACCUUUCGCAAGAUGGCAUUUGACUAUUACCCCUUCCACUGGGCAGGCGAUAGCUGCAAACAUUGGGUACGUCACUGUGAGGCCAUGGAGACCCGAGGCCAGUGGGCCCAGAAGCUGGUGAUGGAAUUUCAGAGUAAAAUGGAGAAGUGGCACGAGGAGACAGAUUCUCUCUCCAGUCCUCGAAAGAACCCCCUUGAGAGAAGCCCCUCUCAGGGCCGACAGGCUGUCUUUCGGCCUCCAGCAUGGAAUCGCCUGCGCUCUAGCUGCUUGGUAAUACGGGUGGAUGACUUGGACGUCCACCAGGUUUCUACAGCUGGACAGCCAAGUAAGAAGCCAUCGACGCUCCUUUCCUGCAGUCGGAAACUUCACAACCUCCCCACUCAGGUCUCUGCCAUUCAUAUUGAGUUCACAGAGUAUUACUUCCCCGAUAAUCAGGAGCUGCCAGUUCCCUGUCCCAAUCUUUACAUUCAGUUAAAUGGUCUGACAUUUGCUAUGGAUCCUGUCAGCUUGCUCUGGGGAAACCUCUUCUGCCUGGAUUUAUACCGCAGCUUGGAGCAGUUCAAAGCUAUCUACAAGCUGGAAGAUUCAAGCCAGAAAGAUGAACACUUGGACAUCCGACUGGAUGCCUUCUGGUUGAAGGUGAGCUUCCCGCUGGAGAAGAGAGAGCGGGCUGGGUUGCACCGUCCCCAGGCCCUUGUCUUCUCUGCAUCAGGCGUGACUGCCACCAAUACACGUCACGCCCCACAUUGUAGCUGUCCAGACCUCCAGAGUCUCUUCCGGGGUUUUGCUGCUGCUGAGUUCUUUCAUUCCAAUUAUGUUCAGUUUCCCAAGGUGCCAGGUGGCUUUAGCCUUCUGCACAUGCUGUUUUUGCAUCACGCCUUCCAGGUGGAUUCCCGACUCCCUCAAUCUAGUGCCCUCCCUCCCCAGAGGCUUAAGGCUUCCCAGGAUCUCUGGUCCAUCCACUUCACCCAGAUCUCCUUGGACUUUGAGGGAACAGAGAACUUCAAAGGCCAUUCCUUGAAUUUUGUGGCCCCCUUCCCCUUGUCGAUUUGGGCCUGCCUACCCCUCCGCUGGCAGCAAGCCCAGGCACGAAAGCUCCUUAUGGCCACAGAAGGGAGGCUGAAAGCAUCCGCCAGCUUUGGCAGUCCUGUCCAUUCUGAGGCCCUUGCCCCUGACACUGUGUCCCAUCAGAGGUCAAAGACUGAGCAGGAUUUGAAAAGCCUAUCAGGCCUUACAGAAGUCAUGGAAAUUCUGAAAGAAGGCAGCAGUAGUGUGGAUAACAAAGGGCCUCUGACAGAGCUGGGGGACGCGGCAGAUGUGCAUGUGCUCGUACACUCGCCUGAGCAUGUCCGAGUGAGGCUUGACCACUACCAGUACUUGGCUCUCCUCCGCCUGAAGGAGGUGCUCCAGGGUCUUCAGGAGCAGCUUACUAAGGAUACCGAGGCCAUGACUGGGUCUCCUCUGCAGGACCAGACAGCUUGCAUUGGCGUCCUCUUCCCCAGUGCUGAGGUGGCUCUGCUUAUGCAUCCUGUCCCUGGGGCUGUCGAAGCUGACUCUGAGGGUUCAGAUACUACGAGCCUUGUAGAUUCAGAGCUGUCUCCUUCAGAGGAUAGGGAGCUGAAGUCUGAUGCCUCCUCAGAACAGGGCCCAGCAAGCCCCAGGAAGGUUCUGGAGGACAGUGGCGUUGAAAAUCUGGAUGCAUCCCAGGAUAGGCCACUGCCUCUCCAUAGCAAUGGAGAAGUGCAGGACUCAGAUUCUCUUGCACAGCAGGAGGCAGGGAAGGGCCAUGAGGCAGUUGAUUCCUUACAGGCCAAGAGACUGAGCAGCGCCCAGGCACCUAGCUCACCAGCUGAGUUGAAGCCCCCAGGGGACAAGGAUACUGCUGUGAAUGGACAGGGCGAGCUCAUCCCCUUGAAGAACAUUGAGGGAGAAUUAUCAAGUGCUAUUCACAUGACCAAGGAUGCCACAAAGGAGGCUCUACAUGCCACCAUGGACCUCACCAAGGAAGCUAUGUCCCUGACUAAGGAUGCCUUCAGUCUGGGCAGAGACCGAAUGACCUCCACCAUGCACAAGAUGCUGUCUCUGCCCCCAGCCAAGGAGCCCAUGGCCAAGAUAGAUGAGGGGGUGGCAGCCCCAGUAAGUGGAGGUGCUGCCCGACUCCGAUUUUUCUCCAUGAAGAGGACAGUAUCUCAGCAGUCAUUUGAUGGUGUCUCAUUGGAUAACAGUGGCCCUGAAGACCGGAUUUCAGUGGACAGUGAUGGCAGUGAGAGCUUUGUGAUGCUCUUGGAGUCUGAGUCUGGUCCAGAAUCUCUUCCACCAGGAUCUCUUCCCAAUGUCUUAGACAGUGCUGGUGUUCAAGGGAGCCCUGUUGCAGAUAGUUAUGGCCAGGGGUCACCAGAGGCCAACAGUUCAGCCUCACCCAGUGGGGAAGACCUCCAUCUUCACCUGGUUUCAGUUCUGGUCCUGAAGGUGAAUGAGGUGUCUUUGGGGAUUGAGGUACGUGGUGAGGACCUGACUGUGGCCCUGCAAGCAGAGGAGCUGACCCUCCAGCAGCUAGGCACCGUGGGACUCUGGCAGUUCCUGCAUGGACAGUGCCCAGGCACAAGCUUUCAGGAAGCCUCAACUUUGAAGACUGGCCACAUCAGGCCAGCUGUAGGCCUUCGCUUUGAGGUGGGGCCUGGUGCAGCUGUUCAUUCCCCUCUGGCCACACAGAAUGGCUUCCUGCGUUUCUUGCUUCAGGGCUGUGACCUUGAGCUGCUCACUUCGGUGCUCAGUGGCCUGGGGCCCUUCUUGGAGGAUGAGGAGAUCCCACUGGUAGUUCCCAUGCAGAUUGAGCUCCUGAACUCCAGGAUCACUCUAAAGGACGAUAUCCCCCCCAUCUAUCCGACCUCUCCAGGCCCCAUCCCCAUCACUCUAGCCAUGGAGCACGUUGUGCUGAAGCGGAGUGACGAUGGUGUGUUCCACAUUGGCGCUGCUGCUCAGGACAGACCAUCAGCCGAAGUACUUAAAAGUGAGAAGAGGCAGCCCCCCAAAGAACAGGUGUUUCUGGUGCCCACAGGGGAGGCUUUUGGCCCACAGGUGCAAGAACUGCCUACCCUACAAAAGGAACUUAUAGAAACUAAACAAGCAUUGGCUCAUGCCAACCAGGACAAAGAAAAACUUCUUCAGGAGAUUAGGAAAUAUAACCCCCUCUUUGAGCUCUGACAGCAAUGGCUCAGCCAUCUGUGCCAAGGAGAGAGGAGGAGAUCACCAGCAAUCGCACCACCUGCGACAGGCACCAUCCAGUGUUGGACAAGUCAGCUAAGGAUGCUCAACUCACUCCUCGUGGUGUCCUUUCUACUAGCAGUUCUGACUUGGAUGGAAGACAGGGCAAAGUAUUACCAUGUUCCAGGAAGUUGGGGGCAGCUUUGUGCGUGGCUCAGGCAUCACGUCUUUCCUGUAUAAAGCCUUUUGGCCCUCUGCACACUAGGCGGAAUCUCCUCAACACUGUAGGGUCAUUUCACCGUCUGGUUUCACAGCAGAGACAUUUGCUUGCUCCGCCUGUGUGAACAAGGCAGAGUACCCAUCUCCUCAGCUGGUCACCCACAGAGCCACCAAAGAUUCUAUGUUCCAGAGCUUCCUGUAGUGGACCUGAGAAGUCCUUGGCCUGAGCUUCGGCCACGGUAGUAGAGUGGAACAGGAAAUAGCCAGCAACGCAGGAGCCUGGGGAGGUACAAGAAUAAAUGAGACAUGGAUUCUGCCUUGUUUGGAAAGGAAUCCAAGCUCACGUCAUCUUGGCUCAUAUUACAAUCAGAUUUUUCAGGGUUAAGCUUUCUUUCUGUGAUGCUUUCAUCGCUGUGAUGCUGUGGUAGGAAGUAAACAACAGUAGCAGCUCACUUGUAUCACCUUUCCCUUCUAUAACGCAAUCUGUUUGAAAUUUAAGAAGAAACUAUUCACCCUGAGCUAGGUUGAAGGCAUGACAUGGUGAGGGUCGGUAGGGGAGCUUGGUUCUGCGCCGCUGUUGCUGGCCGUGUCCUGUCUCUCUUCCACAGCUGCACCUCACAGGUUAUUUCCUGUCUCCCUGGGGUCCCUGGCACACCUGCUUUCCCAGCACUAUGACUUUCUACCAGCACUCUCGUUAGCACUUGGUGGUUUGGGAGCUGAAAAUGUGUUUUAAACUGUAACGUUAACAUCUCAGCCUGUUUCCUCUCACCCCCCUCUAUCACUGUGGCUUUUUAAAAUCAUGUUAGUUUGACUUAAGUAAAAGACAAAGCAAAACAAAACCCUUCAACCUAGCUAGGUUUUGCCCCUGCCUGAUGAAAGAGCUAUUUCCCCCCUCUUUCUUUACUACCGAAUUCUUUACCAACACUCUAUCUUCAUCCAUACUGCCCUGUGAUAUACUUCAGGCUGUGUUGGACAGAAGUUCAUCAGCUAACUCACCUUGAAUUGGCAAGAUGGCAAAAUAGUGAUUUAGUAGUGUCACUAAAGUCUUAAUCACA